AGAUCGUGGCCUCAACGUGCAUACGUACGCGCCUGUAGCUCCAGCAAGUUCACCACCAGCCAACGCUUCUCGAUCCAUUGCCGUCCGCUGCACGUCUCAGCUCGAUCCUACCAUCCACGAUGCCGCCCAAGCAACGCACGUCCGCUCCCCAGACCGUCCCCGGCACACCGUACUCGGCUGCGAAACUCAAGUCCUCCAACGACGCGCAAGACAUCUUGCAGGGAGUAUGGAACCGCUACGUUGAGAAGACAUCACAGCGUACCAAGCUGCUCGACAGCUUCAUGCUGUUCCUUGUCGUCGUCGGUGCUCUGCAGUUCCUCUACGUUGUGCUCGUUGGCAACUUCCCCUUCAACGCCUUCCUCUCCGGCUUUAGCGCUUGCGUCGGCCAAUUCGUCCUCACGGCAUCCCUCCGCAUCCAGACCAACCCCGAGAACAAGGCUGAUUUUGAGAGCAUCUCGCACGAGAGGGCUUUUGCGGACUUUGUGUUUGGGAGCUUGCUGUUGCACUUCUUCUGUGUCAACUUCAUCAACUAAGCGUCAUUCUAUACGAGGAGCGAGAGCAUAGAUUGAGCUUUAGGGCGGGAAAGCAAGAGAUAAAGAGGGCCAAGCAAGGCCAGGAAACAUGAUUGGAGUUAUGGCGCACUAUUCGCAUCUACAAAAGAUGGUAGAAUUCUGAUCUUCCUGACAGCGGCGACGAGGUAGUCAGUACACUGUGGGCGUGCAGAGUAGGUAUGAUCUUAGCAGCUGCCAGACACCCAUCAAUGCAGCGUUAUGUCCAUCUCUAAUCACUUGUCGAUUGCGUCUAACCGGUCCUGUACUCUCGACGAUCCUGCCUGUAGGCGUUAAGUCGUCGUUGAUCCCCGGAGGUUUCCAGCAAGUCCUGCAGUUGAAUGGCAGAAGUAAUUUCGGAUACUCGGGUCUACUCGUGGAACAUCGAUGGCCUCCAGGUCCACAGCUGCAGUCGCUCCGAGGUCGGUGUGCCUGUCGUCGACUGCUCUUUCC